AUGUCCAGGUCGGAAGCAGGACCUUCCCGUCGUCGUAGCAAGUAUGCAGCGCGUGCUUGCAACACCUGUAGACGGCGUAAGUGCAAGUGUGACGGUGAUUACCCGAUCUGUCAGCCGUGUGCAGUAGCUGGAUACGAGUGCACGUGGACGCCCGAGGCCGAGGGGGAGCGUCCGGUAACAAAGCAACUUGUGAAAGCUUUGCGAGCCAAGGCUCAUCAGCUAGAGGCCGAGAUCAGUCAACUAAAACAAGCAGACACCCGGAUAGUUCCUUCCAGUUCUAGUUCUGGCGCAGGCCCGGAUGCAGAAUUUCCGCUUGUUUAUCCGCAACCUGUUGCUCCAUCUGAAAGUCUAUCACAUGUUCAUACAAGCCAUGUUCCAGUCGAGAGCCUGUCUCCAGACCAGACCAACCCUACCACUUUAUCAUCACAGUCCAGCCCCGACGAGCCCCACCCCAUUCUACAUAUAGAACUGAUUGGUAGCCCCGGAAACCCGACCUCAGAGUGUUCCAUGGCUACUUCAGCUCUCAAAUACCAGUACAUCUUCCACCUCGACACCUCGCUAUCUCACAAUGAACAGUCGCCCGAGCAUCAGGCUUCGCUGAAAUGCGAAUGGAACCGCUAUCUGCCCAACUUGGAUACUAUCCAGUUCUCAAGGCGCGAACAUGACACUCUCCUACAUCGUUAUUUCAGCUAUGGUGCUGCGUGGCUUUUUGGCAUGCUUCCUGACUCAUUUUUGCACGAUAUGUUGGAGUACCUGAGCCCUUCUUCCGCUUGUACACCGGAUCAACUACCACAUUAUAGCCCGAUCUUGCAUUGCUCUGUCCUAGCAUUUGCAUCUUCAAUGUCAGAAAAUCCCCACAUUCGGCAACCAAGCACCCGCGAAAAGUUCGCGACACACGCCAAACAGUGGCUAGAUCAAGAGUUUAACCGACCGAAUCCGAGUUUGAUUCUUUCCCUGAUCUUAUUGUCCGAAUAUCACUUUGGCAUAGGCGAAAGGAAUACAGGAUAUAUGUACACUGGAAUGAGUAUGCGUGCCGCCCGGGCAGGUGAGCGAUUUCUGGAAAAUUGGCGCCUGGAAUUUGAACCGCCUCCCAGCUUCGUAACUGGUAUUCUGACCGAAACAUACGUCCGCUUGUCGCUAGAGAGUUUUGUGGCGCAAGAGAUGCGCAGGCCGAGCGAAAUGCCCACACCCAAUGGACUGGUCACAUUACCCAUCGCCUACGAACUUUCGGCCCAGCCUCUAUCUGAAAUGUCUGCCACGCACCUGUUCGAUCACGUUGAUUACCCUCGCAUCGCUAUCGAAUGUUUCAUCAAGUGCACGAGUCUGAUGCUGAUUACCAAUACUAUCCCAACUGCAUCCCGUAAUGGUUUAACUCCCAACGAGAUUCAAACACAGCUUGAAACUUGGUUCAACGCGCUUCCGGCCAAUUUGCACUUUCACCAAUCUGACGCGUUCACUCCUCCACCAAUCUUGGCCUUGCACAUCCACUACUGGUGGUCCAUUUUGCGGUUAUAUCUUCCAGAUUCGGCCACUGAGCCCAACCUGUCCAUGAACCUUGCGCUCGUGAAAUUGGUUGAGCUUUUUGAAGCCUUUGACGCUCAAUUUGGAUUGCAGUACUUUCCUCGCAACUUGCUCAAGGCGAUGUACAUGUGCGGCCGUGCAUCGAUAUUAGAACGUUUACCAGAAGACGGAAUCGAAAUUUGCUUGAAAGGCCUGCGUGUCUGGCCUUGUGCAGAAUCCAUGGUUGCGGAUCUUGUGCAAUUACGAUCUUCAUUGUAG